AUGUCUGUGGCUGCACUCAGUCUGAUACGCUGCAGGAGGCUGAGCAGCACCUCUGGCCCUGGUGUGAAGAAGGUGCUGCCGUGGAGGGACAUCAGGAAAAUUGCAAAGAUGACCGGAGCUGUCAUAUUGGGGGGUUGCAUGUUUAUCACAUACGAGGUGGUUUCCUUGAACAAGGCGGUACGCAUCGACACGCAGGCCAUUCAGCAGGAAAAGCUCAAGUCCUACAUCUACCUGUCAGCCACGCCCUCUAAAGAGCAGGAGAACCUUGGCACAGGGCUCACAUAUAAGGCCAGGAGAGAACUUCAUAAAGCAGCAAGGAGGUUUCUGGAAGUUUCCUCAAGGAUUCUUCUGAGGCCUCUGGAUGAGCACCUGAGUCAUAUGGAUGCGGACCCCCAUGAGGUGGCGCUGUGGGUCCUGUUGAAGAGGGCUUGUUCAGCCAAUAGGACCAGCAGACUGUCAGCUGUACAAGAGCUGGCCCAGAACCACCACUGGCAUGACUACCAGUACCAGACAGCUGCGCAGGCUAUAGACCAGAGGACGGCAUUGGGUCUGGCCCGCACCUCUCAAGUGGACCAACGCUUCUUCCUGUCCCCGCCUGUCCUGCCUUGGGUGGAAGAUAGGUUGUCUGUAGAAGACGGUCUGAGGCAGCUGCUGGCAUCUCUCCCCCAGUCUGAGGUGGACCAGUGUGUCCAGUACUUCACCUCACUGGCCCUGAGGGAGAGUACCCAGUCCCUGGCUGCACAGAGGGGGGGUCUGUGGUGUUUUGGUGGGAAUGGACUGCCCUAUGCCCAAAGCCUCACUUCUGUCCCCUCUGAGAAGGUUGAGUCCUUCUGUCUACAGGCUCUAGUGCAGCACUCCAAGGUCCAGAGUCACUGCGACCACAUCGUGGCCAACGGGGGACUGCAGCUCCUUCAGAGGGUCUACCAGCUCCGCAGAGACUCCCCGAAGAUCCAGAGGAACAUUGUACGCAUCAUUGGCAACCUGGCUCUCAACGACAGCGUGCACCAAGCCAUAGUACAGUCAGGUUGGGUGCCAGUGCUAGCAGAGAUGAUGCAGUCUCCACACAUCAUACAGGCGUCCCAUGCUGCUCGGGCUCUGGCUAACCUGGACAGGGAGACUGUCAAGGAGAAGUACCAGGAUGGAGUCUACGUGUUACAUCCCCAGUGCCGAACCAGCCAGCCAAUCAAAGCGGAUGUUCUCUUUGUUCACGGGCUCCUGGGGGCGGCCUUUAAGACGUGGCGGCAGAAGGACUGUGACCCUACAGAGGAGGAGAAGGCAGCGGGUGUCAGCGAGGACUACACAGAGUGCUGGCCCAAGUCGUGGUUGGCUGCAGACUGCCCCAACCUGAGGGUUCUAUCUGUGGAGUAUGACACUCACCUAAGUGACUGGAGAGCCAAGUGUCCUGUUGAAAACCAGAGGAUGUCUCUGGCCUAUAGGAGUCGAGAGCUGCUGAAGAAGCUAAAGUCUGCAGGAGUAGGAGAGAGGCCUGUGGUCUGGGUUUCACAUAGCAUGGGAGGUUUGCUGGUGAAGAAGAUGCUGCUAGAUGCGUCGAGGGACCCAGACAUGAAAGAACUGAUGAAGAACACCAAGGGUGUCAUGUUCUACAGUGUGCCCCACCAUGGCACCUUCAUGGCAGAGUACUCUGUCAACGUCAGAUACCUCCUCUUCCCCUCCGUAGAGGUCCGGGAGCUCUGCAGAGACUCUCCAGCGCUGCGUGACCUGAAUGUCAACUUCCUGAACAUGGCCAAGGACAGGGAGUUCAAUGUGCUGAGCUUUGCAGAGACGAUGCCCACCACCAUCGGCCCCAUGAUCAAGAUACUGGUGGUGCCAACGCAGUCAGCAGAUCUGGGCAUUGGGGACCUGGUCCAGGUGGAUGUGGAUCACCUCAAUAUCUGCAAGCCUGAGAAGAAAGACUCGUUCCUCUACAAGCGCAGCCUACAGUUCAUCCAGGAUGCACUGAAGGGCUACACCAGCCACUGACAUGUCAACAGCCGUUUUGAUGUUUGAAUUGGAAGACUAAGGAGUUCUGGCGCACAGAACUGUCUCUCUGUUGCACAUUUAAAGAAAUGUGUUUACAAAAAAAUAUACAUUUUAUGUAUGUAUGAAGGAUUUAUGAAAACACAUUAAUUGGGUUUAUUAUAGAAAAUGGUGCUCCACUUGUUCUCCAGCUAGAUAUCACCUAGCACUUAUGAAGCAGAUGAGUUUUAUUUAAAGGAUUUAAAAAAUGAUCUCGACCAUGUUUACAGGUAGUUUAAAGCUGUAAAAAAGACAGUAUAUUGACUUUUCUAGUUCUUCUUCCCCUUUGUCCUUGAUCCUGGUCAAGUAGACAUUUUAACAUUGCAUGUGUACUGCACUUACUGUACUUUAACCAAAAGACACUGUACUACCUUGCAACUCAUUCAUUGAUUACACAGUAUGAAUUCGGGGCUUGAGUGGUGUGCUUAAGGUCGACUUAUUUUAUUUCAUUUUAGUUAACUUAAGAGCUGUAAGUGUAUAUAUAUAUAUAUAUAUAUAUAUAUAUAUCUCUAUAUAUAUAAAACUUAAUGCAUUGCCUUGUUACUGUAUGUACCAUACUGUAUUAUUUCCUCAAGCCUUACCUCAGAUACACAUGAAAUAUUUUUAAGACUGGUUGAUAUGUAUAUUUUGUUGAACUGGAACCUGGCCACGUGAUGCUCACUAACUCCAUUGUAUUGCUAAUUAAGACUUAACUUGUAUUUAUCAAUGUAACAAGUCAUGCAUAUGGCUCAUUUACAUUUGAACUUUGACAGACAUGUCCAUGUCAAAUCAACUAUGUGCAAAAUAAAAAGCAGUAAUGGUAAGAGAA